AAGUUGGCGUCAAAGAUGGGGAGGAAGAUGGACAGAGUUCGCCGAUUAUUCAGUAAUCAAAGAAUCCUCAAAGAUAUAAAAGAAACACAGGACAUUUUAAUCCGAAGGAUAUCUCAUCUGUUACCUGACCAGUCUGGUCAUGAAGAAUAUAAGGAAAAACUGAAAGAAUCAGAAAAGGAGCUCAAGCAAAGUCUGGAAAAGGCACAAAGGCGCGAGAGGAAGCUCGAGGCAGAAAUUCAUGAAUUGACCAAGCAGAUCCACCAGCUGGACCUGGAAGUCGUCCGUCUGAAAAUGGAGAGUCAGCAUCUAACCAACGACAAAACACGUCUGUCUCAUCAGCUAGACGAGUUACGAGAGUCUCUCAAAGAAUGCAAACAUAGUGUAAAGGUAUUAGAAACACAUAAAGCCGAUUUAAAAGACGAAUGUAGUAAACACAUCGACCUUAUCCGGGAACACGAACGCAACCUUGAGAUGUCUGACGUGGACAGACGCAGACUUAACGGCAUGCUAGAGACAAAGGAAGAGAUGUUACAGAAAAUAGCGAAGGACCGAGGCAAACUUCUGGUGUAUUUGAAGAAGCAGGGGAGCCGCCAUGAGGAACACUUGUGUUUGAUUCGGGAACAGUUCCGGCGGAGGUUAGCGCAGGCGUACAAGGACCGUAACGACGGGAAAUCGUUGACGUUGGCGACUAACGGUAACGAAAUGCUGUUAACACGUCUAAUGGAGGCAGAGUUUAAAAUUUACCGACGCGAACGUCUGGUCGACGUGCUGGCGGACAAACUACGCCAAUACGAGGAGGAUUUUGACGUGGGAUCAGCAGCCGAAUGUAUGCCUUACCUGGACGGGGACUACAGGGGCGCCAGUGUAGCAGAUCUUUCGAGAGGCAACAGCGAUUUAACAUGUUCAGAUGAAUCUGAAUUGUUCAACAACGAGUGAUAUUGUAACUACAUACCUUUUCCAGUGACGGAGUGAUGUUUCACCCCAAGUAUUCCCCGGCAUGUACUUUUAUUUGAAAAAAAAAAAAUCGAAUAUGGGAUAAGAAAAUUGUCAAAACCGCGUGCGGUAAUAAUGAGACAAUUAACGGUUAAUAAAAUGUACUCACCGUAUUGCCGUAUUUACGUACUCUGUCGAUAUUCUAGAGAGUAUGUUUCUCUAGAGUGUUCAGGACAUCGACCCACCUAGCUAUACUGCGCAUGCUCACUUCAACACUUGAAAGGUCCACCCCUUAUCAGAGUCGGCCAAACUCUUAUAAACAAUAGCAUGUACAUGUAGUACGAAUGCGUGAAGCUUAAGUUCAUGUAUUAUCUUGUAGUCAAGAUAUCAACUGAAAGUGGUGCGAGUUUAGUUUGACUCAUUAUCAGCUUUACUAAUAUUAAUUAGGUUACUGAUUAAAAAAAUACGAACCAACAAAAGAAAUACAACCU